AUGGUUGCCGAAACCAUCUCUCUGGGGAUUCUCUCCUUACCAGCUGCUAUAGCCGGGAUAGGCCUGGUUCCAGGACUGAUCCUCCUUAUUGGACUUGGGCUACUCGCUACCUACACAGGUUAUGUCAUUGGACAAUUCAAAUGGAGAUAUCCUCAUAUCUCGAGUAUUGCUGAUGCCGGUGAGCAGAUAAUGGAUCGGUUCGGUCGAGAAUUGUUCGGAACUGGGCAAUUGCUCUUCUUGAUCUUCCUUAUGGCCAGUCAUAUCUUGACCUUCACUGUGGCUCUCAAUUCAAUUACUGGCCAUGCCACUUGCUCGAUCGUUUUCGGUCUUGUUGGACUGAUCUAG